AUGAGACGCACAUUCCGCCAGCUGGCAGCGGUUAAACCUUCGAAUUAUCUGGAACCGGGAGCACCCACUGGUCUCACUGGCCUUCGAACUCACCCUUCCCCUCGAUCCGCCCUCGUCUACCUCUAUAGUCGUACCCUCGACAAGCUCGCUCAAUUCCCAGAAUCAUCCCUCUAUCGACAGUCGGCAGAAGCUCUAACCAAGCAUCGCAUGUCAAUUGUGACGUCUAUAAAACCCAGCAAUUUUGAAGAGUGGAAAAAGGCAGCGCAGCAAGUGGUAGAGGCGCACCCGGACCUCUUCAAGACGGAGGACAAUGUCGAAGGAAACAUCGUCAGUGUGGCCGGCAAAAUGACCAAGGAAACACAUGGCGAUACAACUUUUCUCACUAGCCCUGCGCCGAGCGACCUUGAAGAUCCGGAUCAGGAGUGGGACGGGGAGAAGGAUGUGAAGGGCGGCAUAGAGGUGGGCACGUUUAUGAAAUACAAUCAAAACCGUCCCCGCGCUAUAUUUCCACCGGAGCCCCUCUUGACGGCUGCUCAGAUUGGUGAGCUAGAGAACAAAAUCGGUGCUGGACUCAUCGAGGAGGUUAUUCAAGUUGCAGAAGGAGAACUCAAGCUGGCGGACGUGAUGUUGCAAUCCCGAGUUUGGGAAGAUCUGGCAGAAAAGCCCGUCGAAGGUCAAUGGGCAUACUUCAAACGUGAUACUGCAACUCCUACCACACAGCAGCCACCGCAGAAAUAG